CCUUCGCCGUUUGUCUCCUUGGAGCUACUGUCUCUCUCUCUCUCUAAAUAUAUAUUCCGUAUAUACAUACAUAAUUCCUCUCUCUAGAAUCGGCGCUUCUAAGAGUUUCUCGUUCGAUCUGGUGCCGGAUAUGCGUCGAUUGGCAAUUAGUUAAUCGAUUUGAGAGCAAGGGUUAAUCGAUUGGGUACACGAGUGGUGAAGUUGCCUCUAGAUACCAGUGUCUACUCGUUUGAACUCUUCUUAGGUCUGAGGAUUUAUUCUCUAUUUGUCUCCUCUUCAAUUGGCAUGAUAUAUUCACUUAUUGCUAUAAAAAAAUCGCAAGGAGUGAGAAGCAUAGCUAAUUGGAUUUACAGUUUAGUUUGUAUGCAAUUUUGUAUCAGAUGAGUUCUCGAGGAAGAUUGUUAUUUGAUCUUAAUGAACUUCCCAGUGAGGAAGAUGAAGAGACCGAUGGUGGUUCCCACAUCCAGCCUCAAAGGGCCAUUCCUUCUUCUAAUACUCACCCUCCUGAGUUGUUUGUGACAUCAACUAGUUCCCAAAGAAUGGUAAAUGCGAAUACUUUCUCCCAUGCAUCUUCUGUUUCUGGUUUUCAGCCUUUUGUUCGUCCAAAAAGUGAUCAGGGGUCUUUAGUCUGCUCUGAGCAAAUGAGCUCUGGGCAUAUAAGCUCUGAGGCUGCCUCAUUAUCAAAGGCAGCUAAUGGUGAGGAUAAAACAGUAGCAUCAAAGGUGGAUUUGAGUUCUGUAGAUGUUCAGGCUGUUGAAAAGGAAGAGGGGGAAUGGUCUGAUGCAGAGGGUUUUGAUGGUGCACCUGGAAGCAGUAGUAAGAAUGAACAAUCACUUACUAUUUGUGACAAAGAGUUGCAGGACAAAGGAGUGACUAAAAUGGUGGAUCAUGGUGGUGUAAAUAUGGAGAAUGCCUCUCAAAAUCAUGAAAACACCAAGGUUGAAAACAGUGAUCGUACUUUGGGAUUAGAUCUAGAUGCUGAUGAUCAGAAAACCAAUAGUAGCCGGAAUUCAGAAGGCGAUUGUAAAGGUGAUAUAUCCAUGUUUGGCCAUGAAGAAUCUGUGUUGGUUCCAAAACAAAGAGAAGUUAAAGGAGUUGAAGCAACUCAUGCAUUAAAAUGUGCAAAUAAUCUUGGAAAGAGGCCUAGGCUUGACCAACACAAGGAGGCAAUGCUAGGGAAAAAGCGUAGCAGACAAACAAUGUUUCUCAAUUUGGAAGAUGUCAAGCAAGCUGGUUCUAUGAAAACAUCAACGCCGAGAAGGCAGAACUUUCCAGCACCAAUUACCACUCGUACGGUGAAAGAGGUGCGUAACAUUCCUCCUGCUGAACGCAGCGGAGAGAAGCAGAGUGAGGCUACAGACAAGGAUUCAAAACAGGUUGAUUUGUCUUCUAAUGAAGGAAACAAUUAUUUGGAAUCUAAUGAUUCUAAAUCUGAAUGUAAUGGUGAUAUGCAUUCAGGACUUCUAGGUAGGCCUAGGAGGCUGAAUAGCACCACAGAUCUUGCUGCAGAGGUUCUUGCACAUCCUGUACCGAAACAGAGUUCAUGGAAACAGCCCACAGAUUCAAGGCAGCUCAAGAAUUCACAGGUUUCUGCAAGGAAGCCAGCUCUAAUAAGUCACAGUUCCAUGGAUGCAAAGUUAGGGACCAAAAAACUUCCUCCCAAGAAGCAAAAUACACUAGCCACUCAAUAUCAAGAUACAUCGGUGGAACGCCUUCUCCGUGAAGUUACCAAUGAAAAAUUUUGGCAUCAUCCAGAGGAAGCUGAACUCCAGUGUGUUCCUGGUCGAUUUGAUUCUAUGGAAGAGUAUAUUAGAGUAUUUGAGCCCCUGCUUUUUGAGGAAUGCCGUGCACAGCUCUACAGCACUUGGGAGGAGCUCACUGAAACAGUUUCUAGAGACUUGCAUGUAAUGGUCCGCAUAAAGAGUGUUGAAAGACGAGAAAGAGGGUGGUAUGAUGUGAUAGUUCUUCCUGCAAACGAGUGUAAACCGACAUUCAAGGAGGGUGAUGUUGCAGUUCUUUCAACCCCAAGGCCUGGAACUGUGAGAUCCAAGAGGAACAACACUUCUAUUAUUGACCAAGAGGAGGAGCCUGAUGUCAGUGGACGUGUUGCUGGAACAGUUAGGCGAUACAUGCCUAUCGAUACUCGUGAUCCUCCUGGAGCAAUCCUUCACUUUUAUGUUGGGGACUCUUAUGAUCCUAACAGCAAGGUCGAUAAUGAUCAUAUUCUGAGGAAACUGCAGCCAAGAGGCAUCUGGUUUCUAACUGUGCUUGGUUCUCUUGCUACUACCCAAAGGGAAUAUGUUGCCUUGCAUGCAUUUCCUCGCCUCAAUUUGCAGAUGCAAACUGCUAUCCUUCAGCCUAGUCCUGAGCACUUCCCCAAAUAUGAAGAGCAGUCUCCUGCAAUGCCUGAAUGCUUUACACCUAACUUUAGUGACCAUCUACAUAGGACAUUCAAUGGUCCCCAGUUAGCUGCAAUUAAGUGGGCUGCGAUGCAUACAGCUGCUGGUACAAGUAAUGGGAUGACAAAGAAACAAGAUCCUUGGCCUUUUACUCUAGUUCAAGGGCCUCCAGGCACAGGUAAGACACACACAGUCUGGGGAAUGCUUAAUGUGAUCCAUCUUGUUCAGUAUCAGCACUAUUACACUGCACUGCUUAAAAAACUUGCUCCUGAAAGCUAUAAACAAGCUAGUGAGAGCAGCUCUGACCAUGUUGCUAAUGGAUCCAUUGAUGAAGUUCUACAAAGCAUGGACCAAAAUCUCUUUCGCACUCUUCCAAAACUAUGCCCCAAACCUAGAAUGCUUGUUUGUGCUCCUUCAAAUGCUGCUACUGAUGAAUUGCUUGCACGUGUUCUUGAUCGUGGGUUUAUUGAUGGUGAGAUGAAAGUUUAUCGACCUGAUGUUGCUCGAGUUGGGGUUGAUUCACAAACACGUGCUGCUCAGGCAGUUUCUGUUGAGCGUAGAACAGAACAACUUUUAGUAAAGAGUCGUGAUGAAGUAUAUGGAUGGAUGCACCAGUUAAGAGUCCGUGAAUCUCAGUUAUCACAGCAAAUAGCUUGUCUGCAAAGAGAGCUCAAUGUUGCUGCUGCUGCCGGUCGUGCCCAAGGAUCAGUUGGUGUGGACCCUGACAUUCUUGUGGCCCGGGACCAGAACCGAGAUACCUUGCUGCAAAACCUAGCAGCUGUUGUUGAGAGCAGGGAUAAAGUUUUGGUGGAAAUGUCCCGCCUUCUCAUUAUAGAAGGGAAGUUUCGUACUGGUGGAAACUUCAAUUUGGAGGAAGCUCGUGCCAAUCUUGAGGCAAGUUUUGCCAAUGAGGCUGAGAUUGUCUUCACUACUGUGUCAAGCAGUGGACGCAAAUUGUUCUCUCGUCUUACUCAUGGUUUUGAUAUGGUUGUGAUUGAUGAGGCAGCCCAAGCCAGUGAAGUAGCCGUUCUUCCUCCCCUUUCCCUUGGUGCAGCACGAUGUGUGCUUGUUGGGGAUCCCCAGCAACUUCCUGCAACAGUUAUCAGCAAAGCAGCUGGAACCCUGUUGUAUAGCAGAAGUCUUUUUGAGAGGUUCCAGCAAGCUGGCUGCCCUACAAUUUUGUUGUCUGUGCAGUAUAGGAUGCAUCCUCAAAUCAGGGACUUUCCUUCGAGGUACUUCUACCAGGGACGCCUUACCGACAGUGAAAGCGUUGCUAAUUUACCUGAUGAAAAAUACUAUAAGGACUCUUUACUGCAUCCGUAUGUAUUUUAUGACAUUUCUCAUGGUCGCGAGUCCCAGCGAGGAGGAUCUGUCUCUUACCAGAACAUACAUGAGGCACAGUUUUGUCUCCGAUUGUAUGAGCAUCUUCAGAAGACUUUGAAGUCAUUGGGUUUGGGAAAAGUUUCUGUUGGCAUAAUCACACCAUACAAGUUGCAACUGAAAUGUCUUCAACGGGAGUUUGAGGAUGUUUUAAAAUCAGAAGAAGGGAAGGAUAUUUAUAUCAAUACUGUGGAUGCUUUUCAGGGCCAAGAACGUGAUGUCAUCAUAAUGUCUUGUGUUCGUGCUUCUAGCCAUGGAGUGGGCUUUGUGUCAGAUAUUCGCCGAAUGAAUGUGGCUCUCACGCGUGCAAGAAGAGCACUUUGGGUUAUGGGGAAUGCUAAUGCUCUGGUGCAAUCUGAUGAUUGGGCUGCAUUGAUUUCUGAUGCCAAGGCAAGGAACUGCUAUCUGGACAUGGAUUCUCUACCUAAAGAUUUCCUUGCACUCAAGUCACCCAUUGAUGCACCAUUGUCUGGUAAAAUCUCCUCUAACCCAAGAGGUUUCCGGUCUGGGUUAAGAUAUAGAUCGUUUGAUAUGCACAUGGAGUCCAGGUCAGGAACACCAUCAGAAGAUGAUGAGAAGUCAAAUGCGCCAUUAUUAUCCAAAAAUGGGAAUUAUCGAUCCUCCAAGACAUCAAAAGAUAAACUGCAUGGAUGAACUUGCACUUGCGAUAAAUCCUGAGAUACCUGGCAAUAUGGAAUUCAAGAGAAGAAAGUUCAUCAGGAAUUGCUGGGAAGAGGAAGCUUAGAGCCACGAAUUGAUGUGUGAACAUUGUCCUCUUGCCUUAUGCGCUUCAGACCAUUAUCAGUCUCAAUUUGGUUGGCAAUGGCUAUUAGUUCCAAAAACUCUAGGCUCCUUCUCCUGAUCAAAAUAGAGCUUACUAUCUAAUGGUUGAUAAUGGUCCCUGGGUGCAAAGGCUUGUGGUACUUUUGCUUCUCAUCCUGAUUACAUAGGCAGAAUGCAGUUGACGUGGAGCAAAUUGCCAGAGACCAGUAGAGUACUCAUAGUGACAGAAAGGCCCCGCGGGGGGGGGGGGGGGGGGAGGUUACGAUGAGAUGGUAUUGAGAACAAUGCUGUUGCUUUUGGGGUAGUACCGAGUUUGCUUUUAACAGAUUGCUAAAUUCCUCACAAGGUGCAGCCUGGAUCUGGUGGGUUAUUCUGCUUCUUAACACCCUGAAAACCACAGGUUACAUUGUUCAAAGGAGCAUUUGCAUGGUGUCGAGAAGCAGUUAAUGUUGAAGGCACGAGCUGUGUUUUCUGCAUGAAGAGCUGCCGGUCCAACUUGCUGUCACACGUGGGAUGAUUGGCGUCGAUGAAUUAGGGGGAGCCAGGGUCCCAAUACCAGUGAAAUUUUCUCCUCCUCUCACACAUACAGUUGCUGGCCUCUGGAUCUCAAAACUCUGAUCGGAGCUGUCCAGGUUAGAAAGUAGAUACAUUUUUACAGAGUACAAUGAACUUGGAAAUGCUUAAAAUCUUGUAGGAUUGACCUCAUUAUUCCAUUUAUUUUAUUGAUUUGAAGGGCAACAUGCAUCAUAUCUAUUGGGUGGUAUAGUGAGCAUUCUGUAUAGAAAAGAGUAGGUUAUUAUCUAUUUAGGAGGACACAUUGUUUUAGCGGUGGACUUGUUUGUGUACAUAUCUUUUUCAGCUGUGAAAUUGGAAGGAAUUCUUUUUUUUUUUUUU